AUGUGGGCGGUUUCCCGGCCGGGUCGGGCUCCGCCGCCUCCGCUUUUCCUCCUCGCCGUGGCGCUUCUGGCGGGGCCAGCGGGAGCCUAUAAGCUGAAUGUGCCGAAAGUGUUGUUGCCCUUCAGCCGGGAUAAGCGGGUGCCCUUCGUGCUGGGCGCUGAGGGUGGUUGUUAUUCUUGGAGCCCUGUUUGUGGGGAAUACGCUGAGCAGGAGUGUUUGAUAGAGCCACGAUUUCCAACUUUAGAGACUUUUGACGAGGUCGAAUUACCUCUGGAGCACUACGAGCUGGAACUGCAGGAUGAAGUGAAGGCGCCAAAUGGCUUUCUUUUUCUCCCGGUGGCCCAACUGGACACAAGUACAGCCACGGUCACCGCCCUCCAGUUGGGCCAGGUGAAUCUGGCCUUUGUCCAUAAGAACAUCCACAUGCGAGGAUCGCUAGGCCUUCCGAACUGCACCAUUUACGUGGUAGAACCAGGAUUUCUGGGCUUCACGGUCCAGCCGGGGAACCGAUGGGUCUUAGAAGUGAAGCGGGCAUAUACCAUCACAGUCGAAGUUUUCGAUAAAUCCAGCACCAAGGUCUACCCCUCCGAUAACCUCCGAAUAACUCACCAGUUUCCCCAGGAAUAUUUUGAGGAGCUCACAUCUUCCACAAAUGGCUCCUAUCACAUCGUUCGGGUCCUGAAGGAAGGCGUGACAGUGAUUAAAGCCAUGUUGCUCUCUGUUCUUCUCCAGUGGACGUGGGAUUUUAAAAAACAACAACAGCAGGGCAUGGGGGGUUUGGAACAGGGUCAAACCUGGAUUUUAAAAUACUCAGAGGCGGAAUAUUCCCCGCCCGACUACAUCGUCCAGAUGGAAAAGGAGGAGAAACAGGGUGACAGGAUUUUGGUCUCGGGAAUAAAAACCGGGGCGGCCGUCAUCAAGGUCCGAAUCGAGGAGCCUGUUUACAAGGUAGUUCCCGUCCUGCCUGGUUCUUUGGCCCUGGAGGUCUACGAUCUCUGCCUCGCAUUCUUAGGACCGGCGACGGCUUACCUGCGAGUAUCAAACAUGUAUGAACUGGAGGUGGAUUUGAUUGACAAGGUUGAGAUUGGCAAAUCGGUGCUGGUCUCGGUGCGAGUGCUGGGCUCCCACCGUUCGGCUUUCCGCAGCAAAUAUUUCGCCUACAUGCAUCUCCAGCUGAAAGCUGCGUCUCCAAUCAGCGGCUUGGAAGAUUAUUUUGUCUCGCCCAUCAGCCACGAGCAAGAAAUGAAGAUCUACCUCCCCAUCACGCUGACCCCUUCCUUCUUAACCUUCCCCUACCAUUCUCUGGAUCUCUUGUACCGCUAUAAAGUCCAGGUGGAGGGGGGCAGCGGCAACUUCACCUGGACCUCCUCCAACCAGUCGGUGGCCACCGUCACCGUCAAAGGCGUCGUGGCCGCGGGACUCACCGAGGGGCAAAGCGCGGUGCAGGCCAGAGACGUGCAGAAUCCUUUCCAUUUCGGAGAGAUCCAGGUGUCUGUGCUGAAGCUGUCCAAGAUGGAGCUCCUUCCCUUCCACGCCGACGCCGAGAUCGGCCAGAACUUGGAGGUGCCGCUGGCCAUGUACCACGUGGAGAAGAAGACCGGGGCGGCCACCGCCUUCACCGACUGCUCGCUCCUGGCCUUGGACGUCACCGCGGACAAGCAAGGGGUAUUCGCCUUGAGCGAAGAAGGGAAGCAGAAAGCGGGUGCCACCUUCUGCUCCACCAUCCAGCUCACGGCCAAGUCCCUAGGCCACACGCUCGUCACGGCCAGCGCCACCGUCUUCGAGGAGUACUUCGAAACCAGCGCCACCUUCGCAGCCUACGAGCCCCUCAAGGCCGUCAACCCUGUCCAGUUGGCCUUGGUGACCUGGCAUUCCAUGAAGGAGAUGGUCUUUGAGGGAGGGCCCGGUCCCUGGGUUUUAGAGCCAUCCCGUUUCUUCCUGGAGCUGAAAACGGACGACGAGAAGAAAUUCCAGGUGGCGGAGGUCCGGCUGCCGGCUCGGAGGAAGCAGAACCAGUACAUUUACCGAGUCACCUGCCUGGAAUUGGGGGAACAGGUCUUCACCUUCCAAGUGGGCAACCACCCCGGAGUGCUCAAUCCCAGCCCGGCUGUGGAGAUGGUGCAACUCAACUUCAUCUGUGCCCACCCAGCCAGCAUGGCCGUUACCCCUGUGUACAAGCUGGCCGCUGGUGCCCCGCCGUGCCCCUUGCCUCAGCACCACAAGCAGCUGGUCCCCGUGUCCAGUUUGAGGAACACCAUUCUGGAGCUAGCUUUGUUUGACCAACACCGGAGAAAGUUUGACAACUUUUCUUCUCUGAUCCUGGAGUGGACCUCGGCCAACGAAAGCUUGGCUCGCUUCACUCACCCGAGAUCCAUGCAGAUGGUGGACAAGGAUGAUGGGACUGGACAGACUAGACUCCACGGACACCAGCUGCUAGAGGUCCAUCAGAUCAAAGGGACAGUCCUGAUUGCCGUCAACUUUGUGAAAUAUUCCGAGAGAGGCAGCCCGAAAGAGGUCUCUAACUCUCCCGCUUCUGCAGCCGUGGAGCUCUUGCUGGUUGAGGAUGUGACGGUGAUCCCCGAUAACGUCACCAUGUACAACCAUCCCAAUGUAAAGCAUUCUGAAAGAGAUCGGCCGGGCCCCUCUCCAAGCCAGAAAGGUCGGCCAAUGGAGGAACUCGGCGAUUAUUCCGAAGUCUACAUGCUCCGAGCCGUGGCAGUUGGGCAGACGACCUUAGUGGCCACAGCUUGGGACAAAACAGGAGUUAAAUUCAUGUCCUCGCCACGGAAAGUGGAGAUUUUCCCCCCUUUCAGGCUGCUCCCCGAAAAAAUGACCCUCAUCCCCCACAACAUGUGGCAGGUGAUGUCGGAAGGGGGUCCCCAGCCUCAAUCCCUGAUCCACUUUUCGAUCAGUAACCGAACCGUGGCCGAGGUAAACGGGCUGGGACAAGUCACGGCCAAGGCGGUGGGCACCGCCUUUAUCCUGGGCACCAUUCGCGCCGUCAGUGAAGACACGGGAAAAGUUAUUGUCUUCUCCCAGGAUCAAGUCGAGAUGGAAGUGGUGCAGCUGCGGAUGAUUCGAAUCCACGCCCCGGCCACUCGACUCGUCACUGGCACCCAGAUGCCUGUGUAUGUUGUGGGCCUGACCAGCACCCUGACUCCCUUCUCCUUCGGGAACUCUCGUCCACCCCUCACCUUCCACUGGGCAGUGAGCAAGCGGGACAUCUUGGACCUCCUCCCCAGACACUCGGAGAUUUCGCUGGCCCUCCCUCCGGAGAGCAAUUUCGCCAUGGGGGUCCGGACCAGAGCCGCGGGCAGGACCAGCAUCAGGGUGGCGGUGCGGACUUCGGACGCCGAAGCCGGGCAGUUUGAAGGGAACGCCACCGAACUCCUGGACGAGGUGCAGAUCCUGGUCUUCGACAACCUUCAGCUCUUCUCUCCAGAGUGCCCCGCGGAGCAGAUCCUGAUGUCCAUGAAUUCGCAGCUCAGGUUGCUUACAAACAGGGACGGGGCUGCCUUUGUCAGCACCCAGAUCCUGCAGUGCUUCCCCAAUUCCUCGGUCAUCGAAGAGGACAGGCACGGCCUCCUGAAGGCCGGAGCCGUCACGGGGACGGCCGUUCUGGAGGUGACCUCUCUGGAGCUCUUCGGCGUCAACCAGACGGUCAUCACGGGUGUGCGGGUGGCCCCGGUCUCUUACCUGCAGUUCAGCAGCACCCCAAAACUCUACACCGCCGCCCGGACGCCCCUGCUGGCGUUUCCCUUGGGCAUGGCCCUGACUCUCACCGUUCGGUUCUUCGACAGCGCCGGGGUCAGGUUUCACACCCAGAAUAACCAGCUGCAGCUGGCCUUGAACAGGGAUGACCUCUUGCUGAUCCGGCCCAGCAACCAGAACUACACUUACACCGCUCAAGCCGUGAACCGAGGCGUGACGCUGGUGGGGGUUUGGGACGAGAGGCACCCGGGCAUGGCCGAUUACAUUUCCGUCCCCGUGGAACACGCCAUCGGGCCCGAUCUCUCCGCCCCCCUGGCUGUGGGGGACGUGGUCUGCUUCAGCACACCCCUGGUUAAUCAGGAAGGGGAGCCUGGCACCUGGCAGGUCAGCCCCGGCGGCCUGCUUGAGAUGGACGUAGCGAGGGGAGCGGCGUUCGCCAAGCGCCCGGGAAAAGCCACCGUCUUCCACGAAAUCCCAGGGAUAGUCAAAACGUACCGAGAGGUUGUCGUUCACGGCCCGUCGAGGCUCAGCCUUCAGCUGGGGCCCAAACACUUCCUCACCAAUGCAGCCAACGCCUCUGAAUUCCGGGUCUUUAUCACCACCAGCGGCCCGGCCACUCUUCAAGGUCCUUGUAGUUCUGAGCAAAUUCGGGCCAUCAACGACCUCCUAUCUCCGGAAUCCCAGCUGAUCUGCCAACUGGAUUUCAACCCCAAGAUCCUGGAUAUUCCAGCCAGCAAAAUAUUUCACAUCCGGCCGGCAUUUUACCCGGAGAAAGGGCUCUACGCUUGCCUGGUGACGGUGAAAGACCACCCUGACGAGGAUCUGCUGGCCCUCAGCACCGCCGAGGGCUCCGUGGACAUCUCGGCCGCUCUCCGCAGUGAGGAACCCCAGGAGACACAACGGGUGGCUCUCCCCUUUCUCCCCGCCUUCUUCCUCAACCAGAGCGAGAUUGUCCUGAGCAGUUCCCAGGUGACCAGCGAGAUCUUGGUCUUGGGCGCCCGGAGAGUGACGGACACCAUCGAGGCCCAUCCCACUUCUCCCGUGGUGCAAGUGGAUCCCCCCCUCUUCCUCCCGGACAUGCCCGGGCUUGUCCUCUUCCCCGUCCGCGUGGUCAACCUGACCUCCCUCCACCGGAGGGCAGCACCCGUCUUCGUCAACCUCUCCUGCGGCCUCACCGGCCAGCGAGCGGCUGUGCUGGUGCGUCCCGAGCAGGAGCAUCAUCUCGGCUUUGAUCUGUGCGCCGAGGCCAGUCUCGUCCGGCAACUGGUGGGGUCCUACCAGGUCCUCCUCUUCACCGUCUUCGCCGUCCUGGCGUCCACCAUGGUCAUCUUUCUCAUUUACAAUGCCUUCCUGAACAGAGUUCAGACAGUCCCACUGGUCUACAUCCCGUCGGCCUCAACGCAGGACGGCUACCUCUACCCUCCGCUGACUGCCCAGCACCAUCCUUCCAGCCUGAGGAACAGGACUCAGGCCUGGCUCUGGAGCGUGCGGAGAUGACUUCUAGGAGAACGUGGGGGAGAGAGAGUAAAACUUGGUAAAAAUAAAUAUUUAUACGUGGCCGAGCGUCGUCCUUGAAGGGGAAAAGCCCACGCCACUCGCCGGGCUUCCUCCGUGGAGCCACUUUCCGUGGUAACAGCAGCUGUUCAGCCCUCC